ACCGCUGCUCUACUGAAGGCUAGGUCGGGGUGGACCACCUCGGCCCACCGCAGGGAGCCUCGUCAAGUCUCGGGCUUUUGCGGGGCGUUCGCGGACGAGGAGAACAGGAAGGACUUAGAACGGCCGGUAUAGGAAGGGAAAAGGGAGGUCGCUUAUAGAGGCGCUACGGCUCCGCGGAUGGAUCUCGUGGCGCACGGCGGAGGGAUCUGACAGCACUGCGACUUCCGGAAGUUCUGGAGCUGAGAGGAAAAACCCCGAAGGAAACAAUAACAAACCAGAGGAGGAAGCGCAGCCGGGCGCCCUGCGCUGAUCUGCUCACGCCCGAGAAGAUGCGCCGCGGCCCCGGUCAGGGGACGUGAGCGGUCUCGGUGGGCUUCGGCCGGCAUCCUGUGCCGGAGGCUCGCGGGGUUUCCCGGGAAUCGCCAUGGCGGGCGCGGGGCCGGGCGGCUACGCGGCGGAGUUCGUGCCGCCUCCAGAGUGCCCGGUGUUCGAGCCCAGCUGGGAGGAGUUCACAGACCCGCUCAGCUUCAUUGGCCGCAUCCGGCCUCUGGCGGAGAAAACCGGCAUCUGCAAAAUCCGGCCGCCCAAGGAUUGGCAGCCCCCAUUUGCUUGUGAAGUAAAAAGUUUUCAUUUCACUCCCAGGGUCCAGCGUCUGAAUGAACUAGAGGCAAUGACUAGAGUGAGACUGGAUUUCUUGGAUCAACUAGCAAAAUUUUGGGAACUCCAAGGAUCUACUUUAAAGAUUCCUGUGGUAGAAAGAAAAAUACUGGAUCUAUAUGCUUUGAGCAAGAUUGUUGCCAACAAAGGAGGUUUUGAAAUGGUUACCAAAGAGAAGAAAUGGUCUAAAGUGGGGAGCCGCUUGGGAUACCUUCCAGGCAAAGGAACUGGGUCUCUUUUGAAGUCUCAUUAUGAAAGAAUUCUCUACCCAUAUGAGCUUUUCCAAUCUGGCGUCAGCCUUAUGGGUGUGCAGAUGCCUAAUUUAGAUCUUAAGGAAAAAGUGGAGCCUGAGGUUCUUGGUACUGAAGUUCAGACUUCCCCAGAGCCUGGAACAAGAAUGAACAUUCUGCCAAAGAGAACAAGACGUGUGAAAUCUCAGUCAGAAUCUGGAGAAGUGACUAGAAAUACAGAACUGAAGAAACUUCGAAUUUUUGGGGCUGGUCCUAAAGUUGUGGGUCUCACAAUGGGAACAAAAGAUAAAGAAGAUGAGGUGUCCCGAAGACGAAAAGUUACCAACAGGUCAGACGCAUUUAACAUGCAAAUGAGACAACGGAAAGGAACUCUCUCUGUUAACUUUGUUGAUCUCUAUGUUUGCAUGUUUUGUGGUCGGGGAAAUAAUGAAGAUAAGUUGCUUUUAUGUGAUGGAUGUGAUGACAGUUACCAUACAUUUUGUUUGAUCCCCCCACUGCCUGACGUGCCCAAAGGAGACUGGAGGUGUCCUAAAUGUGUUGCUGAGGAAUGUAAUAAACCUAGAGAAGCCUUUGGAUUUGAACAAGCUGUGCGAGAGUAUACACUUCAGAGCUUUGGAGAAAUGGCAGAUAAUUUUAAGUCAGAUUAUUUCAAUAUGCCAGUUCAUAUGGUUCCCACAGAACUAGUAGAAAAGGAAUUUUGGCGGCUGGUGAGCAGCAUUGAAGAAGAUGUCAUUGUAGAGUAUGGAGCCGAUAUCUCCUCAAAGGACUUUGGAAGUGGAUUUCCUGUCAAGGAUGGCCGGAGAAAGAUGCUACCGGAAGAGGAGGAAUAUGCACUUUCUGGUUGGAACUUGAAUAACAUGCCUGUCCUAGAGCAGUCUGUCCUUGCACAUAUUAAUGUAGAUAUCUCUGGCAUGAAGGUGCCCUGGCUUUAUGUGGGAAUGUGUUUCUCAUCUUUUUGUUGGCACAUUGAAGAUCACUGGAGUUACUCUAUCAACUAUUUGCACUGGGGGGAGCCAAAGACAUGGUACGGUGUGCCAUCUCAUGCUGCAGAACAACUGGAGGAGGUGAUGAGGGAGCUGGCCCCUGAGUUAUUUGAAUCCCAGCCUGAUCUCCUACAUCAGUUGGUCACAAUCAUGAACCCCAAUGUGCUAAUGGAGCAUGGUGUGCCUGUGUACAGGACCAAUCAGUGUGCUGGCGAGUUCGUUGUAACAUUUCCUCGUGCUUAUCACUCUGGAUUUAAUCAGGGCUACAACUUCGCUGAAGCUGUGAACUUCUGUACUGCUGACUGGUUGCCAAUUGGGCGUCAGUGUGUUAAUCAUUACCGACGGUUAAGGCGCCAUUGUGUCUUUUCACACGAGGAGCUCAUUUUCAAGAUGGCAGCAGAUCCAGACUGCUUAGAUGUGGGACUGGCUGCCAUGGUGUGCAAAGAAUUAACCCUCAUGACUGAAGAAGAGACUCGAUUAAGGGAAACUGUUGUCCAGAUGGGUGUGCUGAUGUCAGAAGAAGAAGUGUUUGAACUUGUUCCUGACGAUGAGAGACAGUGUUCAGCCUGCAGAACCACGUGCUUUCUCUCAGCGCUCACGUGCUCCUGUAAUCCCGAGAGGCUAGUUUGUCUUUACCAUCCAACUGAUCUCUGUCCCUGUCCCAUGCACAAGAAAUGUCUUAGGUAUCGAUACCCACUGGAGGAGCUCCCUUCUCUGCUGUAUGGUGUGAAAGUCAGGGCACAGUCCUAUGACAGCUGGGUCAGUCGUGUCACAGAAGCACUGUCUGCCAACUUCAACCACAAGAAAGAUUUGAUUGAAUUACGAGUCAUGCUGGAAGAUGCUGAGGACAGGAAAUAUCCAGAGAAUGAUCUCUUCCGAAAACUCAGGGAUGCUGUAAAAGAAGCUGAGACCUGUGCCUCUGUAGCUCAGCUGCUGCUGAGCAAGAAGCAGAAACACAGACAGAGCCCAGAUAGUGGGAAGACUCGGACCAAACUGACAGUGGAUGAAUUGAAGGCCUUUGUCCAACAGCUUUUCAGUCUUCCGUGUGUCAUCAGCCAAGCUCGACAAGUAAAGAAUCUGCUGGAUGAUGUAGAAGAAUUUCAUGAGCGUGCUCAAGAGGCCAUGAUGGACGAAACCCCAGAUUCUUCCAAACUCCAGUUGUUGAUAGACAUGGGCUCUAGUCUUUAUGUGGAGCUGCCAGAAUUAUCCCGGCUGAAGCAGGAGUUACAGCAGGCUCGGUGGUUGGAUGAAGUCCGGCUGACCCUGUCAGACCCACAACAAGUCACAUUAGAUGUCAUGAAGAGAUUGAUAGACUCGGGAGUGGGAUUGGCCCCCCACCAUGCUGUGGAGAAAGCAAUGGCUGAACUGCAAGAGCUUCUUACUGUCUCUGAGCGAUGGGAAGAAAAGGCAAAGGUCUGCUUGCAGGCGAGACCACGGCAAAGUGUGGCAAGUUUAGAAAGCAUUGUGAAUGAAGCUAAGAACAUUCCAGCCUUUCUACCCAAUGUGUUAUCCCUUAAGGAAGCCUUGCAAAAGGCUCGAGAGUGGACAGCUAAAGUGGAAGCUAUUCAGAGUGGCAGCAAUUAUGCCUACUUAGAGCAGCUGGAGAGCUUGUCUGCCAAGGGGCGCCCCAUCCCUGUGCGUCUCGAUGCCUUGCCCCAAGUGGAAUCACAGGUAGCAGCAGCACGGGCGUGGAGAGAGCGGACUGGACGGACCUUUCUUAAGAAGAAUUCCAACCAUACACUGUUACAGGUGCUAAGUCCUCGGACAGACAUUGGUAUUUAUGGGAGUGGUAAAAAUAGAAGGAAAAAAGUAAAAGAAUUAAUGGAAAAAGAAAAGGACCUGGACCUUGAACCCUUGAGUGAUCUGGAUGAAGGAUUGGAAGAAACCAGAGACACAGCCAUGGUGGUAGCAGUUUUCAAAGAACGAGAACAGAAAGAGAUUGAAGCCAUGCAUUCCCUCAGAGCUGCCAACCUAGCCAAGAUGUCGAUGGUCGACCGCAUAGAAGAAGUGAAAUUUUGCAUUUGUCGUAAGACAGCCAGUGGUUUUAUGUUGCAAUGUGAGCUCUGCAAAGACUGGUUCCAUAAUAGCUGUGUUCCCCUUCCUAAAUCAAGUUCCCAAAAAAAGGGGUCUAGCUGGCAGGCUAAAGAGGUAAAAUUCCUCUGUCCUCUUUGUAUGCGGUCUCGGAGGCCCAGGCUAGAGACUAUUCUGUCACUCCUGGUGUCCCUUCAGAAGUUGCCCGUAAGGUUGCCUGAAGGAGAGGCCCUACAGUGCUUGACAGAACGUGCUAUGAGCUGGCAAGACAGAGCACGGCAGGCCCUCGCCACAGAUGAACUGUCCUCAGCCCUGGCCAAGCUCUCUGUGCUGAGUCAGCGUAUGGUGGAGCAGGCUGCUAGAGAAAAAACUGAAAAGAUCAUCAGUGCAGAACUCCAAAAAGCUGCUGCCAAUCCAGACUUACAAGGACACUUACCUAGCUUCCAGCAGUCUGCUUUUAACCGUGUGGUGAGCAGUGUUUCUUCUUCCCCUCGACAAACAAUGGACUAUGAUGAUGAAGAAACAGAUUCUGAUGAAGACAUUCGGGAAACAUAUGGUUAUGACAUGAAGGAUACAGCCAGUGUGAAAUCCUCCAGUAGCCUGGAACCCAAUCUCUUUUGUGAUGAAGAGAUUCCUAUCAAGUCUGAAGAGGUGGUGACUCACAUGUGGACAGCACCUUCGUUCUGUGCAGAGCAUGCCUAUUCUUCUGCUUCUAAGAGUUGUUCUCAAGGUUCUAGCACUCCAAGGAAACAACCACGGAAGAGCCCUUUGGUUCCCCGAAGUCUGGAACCUCCAGUGUUGGAAUUGUCACCUGGCGCUAAAGCCCAACUUGAAGAACUUAUGAUGGUUGGAGAUCUCCUGGAGGUAUCCCUGGAUGAAACUCAACAUAUAUGGCGGAUUUUGCAGGCCACACAUCCUCCUUCUGAAGACAGGUUCCUUCAUAUCAUGGAGGAUGAUAGCAUGGAAGAGAAACCAUUGAAAAUAAAAGGAAAAGACUCUUCAGAGAAGAAGCGGAAACGGAAACUAGAAAAGGUAGAACAGCUUUUUGGAGAAGGAAAACAGAAGUCCAAGGAAUUAAAGAAAAUGGAUAAACCUAAGAAGAAGAAAUUAAAGUUAAGUGUAGAAAAGUCGAAGGAACUGAACAAGCUGGCCAAGAAACUAGCAAAGGAAGAAGAGAGAAAAAAAAAGAAAGAAAAAGCUGCUGUUGCUAAGGUUGAACUUGUUAAAGAAAACACUGAGAAGAAGAGAGAGAAAAAAGUACUGGACAUACCCUCAAAAUAUGACUGGUCAGGAGCAGAGGAGUCUGAUGAUGAGAAUGCUGUGUGUGCAGCACAGAGCUGCCAGCGGCCCUGCAAGGACAAGGUAGACUGGGUGCAGUGUGAUGGUGGCUGUGAUGAAUGGUUUCAUCAAGUUUGUGUGGGUGUAUCUCCAGAAAUGGCUGAAAAUGAAGACUACAUCUGUAUAAACUGUGCAAAGAAGCAAGGGCCAGAUAGCCCAGGUCAAGCGCCACCUGCUUCCUUCAUAAUGAACUACAAAAUACCAGUGGAGGACCUCAAGGAGACCAGUUAGCAGUUGCUGGGUUAAAACCAGUUAGCAGUUGCUGGGGAAAAACGGACUACAGUGAGACCUUAGUCAUCAAUUAGAGUGGUAUAGAGCCACUUGAAUAUUGCUUCCAAAGACGAAUGGCCUUCAGAGCAAGCCCUAUUAGCCAACUUCUCUUUGCAUGGACUGUGUGGUCUACAUUCUUUGUCAGCACAUCUAUGCAGGAGGGUGUCCUCUUUGGCAAAGCAGCCAAGAUUGCAAUUCAUGUCUCCUCCGAGUAUGUUUGCUACGGUAAACCCAAACAUCGAUUGAUGGCCGGGAUGGCUGGUGGGUAUUACUGUGGUGUGGGACUUCACAGGGCAUAUAACGUGUGGCUUAUAGCCAGUUGAUAUUACUUACAACCUAAGGGCUGCACCAUCAGGAGGUGCUGAUGGCUUGGAUCACAGUAGUUGGAUAGUUGGAGAGGAGUCAGUACCGCAUACCUUCCACUAUUACCUGACAUUUGAUGCCGUUUAGCUGUAACUAGAGGAACAGGGCUGAAGUCAUUCUUGUUAGAAUACAGGAUAGUAGCACAGUCUGUAGACCAUGGCUACUUGUGUAACGCCCCCCCCCCCAAAAAAAAAAAUCCCAAAUGAGAGGCAGAUCACUCGACUUUCUGUCUUCCUGAGGAGGAGGUCAACUAGUUGAGAAAUCUAACUAGAUUGAAUUCUGAGGAGAACUUACUUCAAGGCAAGGAGCCUCGAGUUGUCUUACUGCCUUAGGUCUCCAUUAUACAGAAGAGCAGGCACAUGGACUGAGGCCUCUGCAGAAGGGGAUAUGUCAGAGUAUUUUACUGAGCCACAGUGAUGCAUGUUUUUUGGGGAAAGCUUCACCCACAAGUAUACCAGAUACCGCCAGGCUUCAGGCAUGGCCAUGAACAAGACCAGCAAAUAACAGCUUUUCUGCCUUGCAGCCCUGACCCCUGUGCCUGCUGUCUCCAGUUCUGGUGUUUUCCGCUUGUGGCCACAGCAGAUGCUGUUGGGUGAGACCAUGGCUUCAUCAGAGGAUGUGGGGUUUGUCAUACCUCUGGGUGAUGAAGUUGUUUUAGUAAAUCCAUUUUUAAAAAAAGAAAAAAGGACUUGUUUUUACUUUUUUCUAAAUGUCUCUGACUACUGACUGUUCUAUAAAUAGAUUAUUUUUCCUUUUUUAAUAUACAUAUAUGAAUAUAUAAAUAUAUAUUUACUGUUACCAGCAGCAUAUUGACAGAGUUUCAGCAUCAGGAAAUCCAUUUGGGGGCUUGCUUUUUCAUUUUUGCUUUUUAAUAAAGAAAUGCCAUUCCUUCCUUGUAGUACAAGGAACUAGCACUUCCCUCCCUAUCCUAGACUGACUGAACCUGACAUUUCCCACCUCCUUCUGUUCAGAUGGAUAAUAAUAUUUCUGUUGUGUUGGGACUUGUCCCUGUCUAUUGGGAAAAUUUGGGUCAUAUCUGUGUUGGCCAUUUUUGUUUUGUAUGUGAAUGUUUGAAACUAUGGUGCUGUGUCCUCUUCUCUCCUGUUCUCUAUUCUUGUAAGGUGUUAGAUAAGCUGUGUGGGAACUCUUAUUAGAUGGGGAUUAACUUUUGGAAAAAAAAGAAAAAAGAGAAAAAAAAAAGCCCUAAGCAAACUAAACAUAGUGUUCUGUCUUCACUAUCCCUUGUUCCUUUACUUUAGUUUAAAAAGUCUGUGGUUAGACUUAAAUUUAUCAGUUUUCCUUUGGGAGGGGGGGAUGUGGGGAUAGCGAGAGUAGGUUGGUCAUAAAUAAGCCUCUUCCCUCUUAGUCCCAGUCUCUUAAAGUCUUCUAGUAACUAGAAGUGAAAUGUACUGUCCAGUUACAGCUUGAGUGGGUAUGAGAUUUAGCUCAAAGGACAUCUUACUGGAAAAAAAACAGAAACUUUACUGUAAAACCAGUUUUAGUAAACAUUUCCCUAUGAUUCAUACAUAUGUUUUAGUCACUCUCUUUAAUAAAAUGUUUUGAGUGUUUUGACUCACUAAGAGGUGCGUAUGUUGAGAUCUCAUCUCAAGUGUUUCAAGAAUUCAGAGGAUAUCACAAGGCAACUAGUUAACCGACUUGUAAUUUUUAUUUUGUUAAAAUAUAUGAAGCUAUCAGUUAAUAAUUUCAUCUGGUUGAUGAUAAUAAGAAAGCACUUUUUGUUUUUCUUUUUGCUUUUUGGUGUUCUCUAUAAAAGUACUGUCACAGUUGUGGUUGAAAUUUUGUUUUUCAUUCUUAGUCACCACUAACUACUUGACUCUCAGUGAAAAAGGCAUAUGGAUGCUGAGAAAGGUGACUGUUGGGUAGAUAUGGUGGCUAUUUAAGAAGUAAUUUAUGUCUUUAGUGUAGGGUAUUUGUAUGACUGUACAAAGAACAAUGCAAGGUAAUCUGCCUAUGUAUCCUCUAAUAUUCUGAAACUUAAGAGUCAUCAUUUAAUUGGUACUUUGAGAUUUUUCUGUAUUUGAAAACACCACAGAGGAGCUGGUCUGACACUUGACCCUCCACUUAUUAGACCAAAUGCUAAGAGGAACAGAUGAAAGAAUUUUGGGGUGGGGGGAAUUAACACUGAAACCUACAAUUUUGGAAUUAAAGAAGUUAGAGUUAUGCAUUUAGAGAUAAGCUUAGAGGAAGUUGCUUGUUUACCUCUUAAUUUCUUGUUUAUUAUUCAAUAUUUUAUACUACCAUUUGGAUUUAAAUGUACUUUUUACAUUAUCUCAAUUUUAUUUUUUCAUCAUUGGUAUUUUAACUUUUAUGUUAAUUAUCAAAAGUCCUUAUUUUCAUUAUACACUAUUUUGACUAAGGAAAAUUGAGAAGGAAAAUUGGCAGGUCUUUGAUAUUCUCUGUAAGCCUCCAAGUUGAUAGCCAGCCACUAUGUUGGGGCAAGGAGAACAUCUCCUUCAUCGGUCCUGCAGCAAAGCCGUAAGAGAGGUGAGUGCUGGUUUACCUUACUGAACGAACUACUGCAACUCAGCUUUGCCCUGCAUGGUUCAAACUUGUGCCUCAGUGAAAUCACAAAUCACUGUAUGUCAUGCUUUGAAUUAUUGAAAAUGCAAACAUUAAAUCUGUGAUUGCCCACAGUGUACUUUCAUAGUUAAACAAGACAAAACAAGAAACUACAAAAGCCAGUGGAGCUUUACGUUUGGGAUGAUUUUUCACUUGUGCUUCUCUCUUUUGUUGUUCUGUUUUUGUCUAGAACAAGUGUUCAAGGAAUAUUUGUUUGUUUGUUUUUUCACCUUGGUUUUUAGAUUCUGGAUGCUGUUUGUUGCACAUAAAAGAAAAACCCUGCUUGUCCAUGUGUUAAUGUUGUGUGGUUAUCAUCCAGUAUCUGAAAUAGGGAUAGCAAAAGCUGAGAAAGACUUUAAAGGAGAUUAUUCACUUUUCAAAUGGAAAAGCGGCAAUUUAAAGUAGGCUCUGAAAAUUAGGAAUUGCAAAAGAAGCCAUUAAAUCCUCACGUAUAACCAGGGUCAGUAAAGGCGUAGGGAUGAACUAGCAUCCCAAGUGCAUAGAAAGUUUUGUUUUGUUUUGUUUUUUAGUAGGUCCUCAAGUACACAUUUCUAAAAGCAUAUCAUUACUAAUCUGGACUUGAAUGUGCCAAGUGUUACAACAUGAGGAAAGAAAGAAUGGGGUUAAAGUGGUUUGGAAUUGCCAUCUUCUUUGCCUGGGAACAUGCCCAGUCACCACUAUGCAACGGAUGACGUGCUGGGAAAAACAUGGUGGCUUCUAAAAUGACUCCUGCAUAGCUUUACUCUUGCAGUACUCCAAGAUUUCUAAAUAGGAAUGUCUCUUGUAAACCUCAGUGGGGACACACACCCCCAUUAACUAUUAUUCCCUUACAUAUUUAUUUACUUGUUAGUGACAUUUAAAAAUGAUAGGGGUAUUAAUUUGCCAGAGUUUUUGGUGGUGCCUUAUGAAAAGUAUAACUUGAUUUCUUAUUCUUUGAGCAUGUUUUGUGUUCCUUUGAUUUCAUGAAAGUAUUAGAUUUGGUUAUUAACAUUACAUCUAAAAAAUAAUAAAAGUUUGUGUGUGUUCAGAUUA